AUUGCUUUAAUUAGUGAUGCUUCAGGAAAAUGGAAUUGAAGACUUUCGUCCGUUAGACGUUUCUCUGGAGGCAGAUGGAGACCAGUACGAAGGCGAAAAGUACAAGAACGGAGUGGAUCAGAUAUCACUUUCCGAUAGCAGUAAAGAUGGAGGAUACGAUUUACGGGAUAUGCCGGAAUACAACGUGGAAACCAAAGCAGACUUUAAAGGCAAUCAAGAAGCUAUUGACUGGCUUAUGAAAGAUCCUAACGACUUUAACGUGAAGUCGUUUGAGGACAGUAGCGUGUUAGGAAACAUAGAUAGUUUCAGUCACAACACGUACUCCACUCAUAAGGAAAAUCAAGACAAAACUGAAUAUAAUGCCCAUUCUAAUUUCCAUCACAGAAAUGACGGUAGUAGAAGAUAUCACGGCCCGUCAGUUAAGGACAGCACUUCGUUUGCACACGACAGUAAUUUGCACUCUCUCCAAGAUUACGAUCAAGAUGAAGAUGAUCCAACGAAUCACAUUAAUGCUCAGAUCAGCAAGCUUCUUGCCAAGACAACAAAAUGGAAAAACAAAUAUGAUGACUUCCAACAUGAUGACUUCUCUGAAUAUGAAAACAGGGACCAAGGGCAAAAAUCAUGGGAUGGUAUUAGUGACGGCGUUGACGACGGUGCCAUUGAUGAUAGAUCGUACGACGAAGAUGAUAAAGAUAGCGAAGAGUAUGAUGAGCAAAGACCUCGAGUAUCUUCCAUGAAGAAUCUUAACCAACAAAUAGAGAACCAGGAUGCAAAAUUAUACAAAGAAUUAGACAACUUCGUAAAUAUUGAUAACUACGAGAAUGUUGAUGAUACCGAUAAUCUAGUCAACUCUGACGUCCAAAGUAAUAACUUUGAAAACCUUGGAAGAAAAUACCAAGACCAGGACGACCGCGAGGAAGAAUUAAACUCCGAUGGUGAAGAAAAUAUUUCAAUGUUAAAUGACAAUAUCUCAGAUCGUAAUCAGCGAAAAGGUGAUCGUGGAAGAAAUAGUGAAAGAAAGGAUGAUGAAAGCACUCACGCAUACAAUGCAUCUGACGAUGAUAACGCAGACACCGACUCCAAUAAUGAUAUGACUUCCGAGAGUGGUAGUGGUGAGGUUUCUGAAAAAGAGAGUAAUAAGGUUGUACAUAGCGAGAUGGAAGACGAAGGGAAUAACAACCACGAGCAAGAAUCGAAUGCCAACGUCAUCAAGGAUGGUCAAGAAAUUGCCAAUAUCAAAACAAAUCAUGCAAAUGGUAACGAUAAAUCGAAGGAACUAAAAUACCACGAAACGCAGAACGCUAAAAACAAUCAAGUGAUUGAAAAUACUCACAUAUUAAAAAGUCAAGAGAACAACAUCGACAAAGGCCAAGAGGAUAAGAUUAUCAACCAGGGUAAAGCUACCCAAAAUAUUUCUCAUACCAGGGAGGAAGAAUUCGACAACAGCAAAACAUUAGAUCAAACAAGUAUCAAGCACAUACCCACUGAUCGUGAUGAAGUUGGAAACGAUGGAAAAAUACCUAGUACAUCGUCUAAGGUAGAUAGUGUCGUGAAACCUCGUCACGGCGAAACAAAAGUUAUCCAGAAUUCGAAUUCCGACACAUCCUCAGUGACAUUUUCAGUUCCCAAAGUUUUCUAUGAAACUGGAAAAGGUACAGCGAAGAACACAGGUGAGGGAACUCGUAGCGCCGAACACAAUACUAGAUCACAUGGCAAUGAUGAACAGCAGCUAAUGAAUCAAAAAGCGGAAGAAACUUGGAAAGGAGUCGAACAAACGCCUGGCACAAAACUUGCUUUCAAAAAACCACAACUUAAGGGGAAGACACAGCUUCAUUACAGCCACACACGUGAUUAUGGAAAUGGUGAAAAGCCAACGUCAACUGGCUCCCGAAGAAACCAGCAAAGCAAUGAUCCUUUAUCGGAUAUUUACUCCUUAGGAGACCUUAAAAAAAUUGAAAACAUCAUAUCUUAUUUGAGAGGGACAGGGGCUACAAGAUCUGUUCCUACGAAAUCCUCAAGAUACAUACCGACAAGUGUCUCGCUGAAGAAUCUCUAUUACUAUCCAAUACAUCCAACGCCUCAGGAUGAAAAUGAUGACACUCGCAGCGAGAAAGAUGUUUCGUUCAGUGAAUGGAACGACUGGUCCACGUGCUCAGUGACGUGUGGAAAAGGAACGUCUGUGAGAGCACGCAUCUGCCUCGUCACCACAUGCUCUCAAAAAGACUUGCUUCAAACAAAAACUUGUCGAAAACGUUUUUGUCCAGAUGAAGUGGAAAGAGAAUCGUUGGAAGAGCACAACAAGCUCAGAACCAAGCAUUUCUCACCACCGCUGUCCUGGUCAGUUCCCUUAGCAAGAAAGGCUGAGAAGAUUGCUAAAAGUUUGGCAUCAAAAGAUUUCCUUACUUUGGACGACCUGCGAGAGCCGCAAGGGGAGAGUGUUGCUCAGAUACUGUAUACUGGAGAAAGUACGGCCAAAAAGGCAAUAGAGAAGUGGUACAGUGAAAUUCAAUCGUACAGUUUUUCGUACCCUAAGAUAAACGAUAAAACUCGACAUUUUGUGCAAAUUGUAUGGAAAGAAACGAAAAAAAUGGGACUAGCUAUAGCUAAAAGCGUCAAUGGAGAAUAUGCUUUUGUCGUCGCUCUUUACGAUCCACCGAUUUCUAGUGAGGGCCAUUUACGGCAAAACAUCCUGCGACCUGGAGUUAAACUUGAUUUGUAUGCAACAUUUAAAAGAGGAAAACGUUUAGCAAAUGUCAAAUGACACAUAGUG